CUCAUCGCCCAAACUCUACCGAGCUCCCCGCUCUUUCUCGAAAAUACACCGCCAACGUUCAGAUCGAAACCCUCCUCACAUUUUCCUUCCUUUUGACCUGCAUCGUUGGGCUGUUAUAUAAACAAAUCACAGCCGUCGGAUCUCAUCGCCGAAACUCUACCGAACUCUCCGCUCUUUCUCGAAAGGUACACAGCCAACCUUCGGAUCGAAACCCUUCACUCCGACUGCUUUCAUCGUCGAAACUCCAACGAACUCCGCGUUCUUUCUCGACAAGACACCGCCUCAGUUUAUAUCGAAACCCUCUCGCCAACGUCUCUAUCUGCAGGCGCCGGCGAUUCUUCCGGCGGAUUCUUCGUCGGGUCGCUAUGUCUCCAAGAUACUGUUUUUGAAGCCUUGGCUUUUAUUAUUAUUCCUAUUUUCCUUUGGUAAAUGGGCUGCUUUCAGUCAAAAUCUAGAAAACAGUUCCCAGGACACGAGGAUCCCAUAGCACUUGCUUCGCAAACAGCUUUCAGCGUUAGUGAAGUUGAGGCACUGUUUGAGCUGUUCAAGAGCAUUAGCAGUUCUGUGGUUGAUGAUGGGCUAAUAAGUAAGGAAGAAUUUCAGCUAGCUCUGUUUAAGAACAGAAAGAAAGAGAACCUCUUCGCCAAUCGGAUAUUUGACCUAUUCGACACUAAGCAGAAGGGGGUCAUUGAUUUUGGUGACUUUGUUCGAGCACUCAAUGUCUUUCACCCGAAUGCUCCUCAAGAGGAAAAGAUUGAUUUUUCCUUUAGGCUUUAUGAUUUGGAUGGGACGGGCUUCAUUGAACGACAAGAGGUCAAGCAAAUGCUAAUUGCACUUUUAUGUGAAUCAGAAAUGAGAUUGUCUGAUGAGACUGUUGAGAUAAUACUUGAUAAGACAUUUUUAGAGGCUGACGUAAAUCACGAUGGGAAGAUUGAUAAAUCUGAGUGGCAGAAUUUUGUCUCCCAAAAUCCAUCAUUAAUGAGGAUAAUGACUCUUCCAUAUCUCAGGGACAUAACCACCACAUUCCCGAGCUUUGUAUUCAAUUCAGAGGUCGAUGAAAUCGCUACCUGAUAAACUGCCCCUCAAUUCACUGUGCCAUCCCAUGCCAAUCGGUUUUUAAGUUGGGUUUGAAGAUGGUGAGAGGAAGCCUCAAAAGGGGUCUGAUCAGGGGACUAAAUGUGCGUUCGUUACCAAUAUUGUUGGCACUCAUUUGUGGGCCCCACUGGGAUUUCUCCCACGAGUCUCACAGGAGCAUAUUUGAUAUUCAACUGUUUGCAUGCAGAGUAGGUGAAUGUUUUUAGUAGAUGAUUUGCAAAAGGGGGUUUGUAUCUAAUUCUCUCUAGCCAAUCAAAUUAGUUGUCAUUUUUUAAGGAAAAGAAAAAAGUUCUUAAAAAAAGGAAAAAAAAAGAAAUACAGAACGCAACAUAUUAGAAAAAUGGACUACUUGUCAUUUUAUUUUG